AUGCAACACACUUAUUCAUUUAUUUUUAUUAUUGGUGUGUUAUUAAUACAUCCAAAAUUUGCAACGCUACAUUGUUCUCAUCGAAUUAACGAAGCUGUUCAAAGAUGUGUACAACCAAUUGCUCAGUAUGCUAAAGUUCUUAAUCAAGAAGAUGAUCAAAAUUCAACAAAUGCAGCAAAAAAUAAUUUUGGUCAAGCGAUUGCAUUACCAAAAAUUGGACGAUAUGUAUUUCGUGAACUUUGCAGAUUAGUUCGAAAUUUCAAUGAAUGCGUUCACAAAUUGCGCCAACAGUGUCCCGAACAUGUCACAGUGAGCCUAAUUGAUGCUUCUUAUGGAUUCUUAUGCAAUGAAGGAUAUGAAACAUUUAUGGGAAGCGCAGAGUGUUUAGUUGAAUUAGAUCGACAACCAACAGUAAAACAAUGCCAUGAAAUUACUUUAAAACAUAUUGAAGCUGCUAAUAUUGAACCUAGCACAACAACAUUAAAUCGUUUUGAUAAAAUGUGCCAAGCACUCAAUUAUUUUGCCAGUUGUGUUGAACGACCGAUAUCAUAUGGCUGUGGUGCUGAAGCUUGGACAAUGAUAUUUCGUGUCCUCAGGGACACAACUAAUACACUGCUGCCAAAAUGUCAAUUUAUAGGACAUUCCGUCUUCACCGAGCAUUUUCCGCCUUCUCUAUCAGAAGCAUUUCCAUUUACAAUUACCACCACUGUUGCUGCUAUUCAUAAUGAAAAUGAUUUCUUACGAUAUAGGGAGAUGUUAAAUGAUAAAGCAGAAAUAAUUUGGUCUAAUGAAGAUAUAACAACAAAUUCAGUAUUUGGGAUGAAUAAUGACAAUAGCAAGAAAUUGCCCGAAGAAUUGUCAUCCGGGCUUGAUGCUGAUCAAGUGAGAAGCACAAUAAACAGUGAAGGUGAAAGGUCAAGAGGUCAAAUUCGUGGACAUGUUUUUAUUGACAGAGAUACUGAUAUUAGUUAUUAUGAUAACGGUAGUGAUAAUCUUGUUGAAGCUGCUAGUAGCAGUAGCUUCUUAACAGUUAACUCAGCUAAUCGUUCUCUCAUUUUUAUAUUUGCGCAAUAUUUGUCUCUUUGUUGGCUCAUUCUCAAAAUUUGCUAA